AUUUAAGUUAAAUAUAAGUUAAUCUCUUGAAAAUCAGGUUUAAGCCUUGCUGUGAUCCAAUGAUGAAAUACACAGAAACUCAUAAAUCAGAAGUUAUUUUCUGCUCUUGUUUCUUCUGUUCUUUUCCCUCAUUUCUGACAACAUUAAUUAACUUGGUCUGGGACAAAGGUUGACGUCGUCGUGCUCCUUUCACACGAUAGCUUUGCUUUGUAGCCAUUUUCUGCUGUCUGCUUUGUCAGCACUAACUAAGAAAGACCUGGUUCUUCAAACUUCUUUCAGUCUUCUUCUGACUUUUUAAAACUGGAUAUGGCAAACAUAUUUCCAUUCUCACGUGAGUACAGUGUGCCAUACAUAUGCCUAUUUUUGUUUCUUACUCUCGACAUCUGAAAGUGACUCUUUAUGUGUUUGUUAUAGCAAAUGCAGAUAGGCAGAUCAAGGAACCAGCUAAUCUCCAUGACCUGAAUGAGCCUCUUGUUGACCACUCAGAGGGCCGACUCUUCUUGAAUGAAACCUUCAAAAUUAUUAUGGAGGAGGUGCUCUGCAAGGGCACGGACGUUAAAGAGAAGGUUUGUGAGUGGAAGGAGCCAGAGGAGCUGGCUCUGCUCCUGGAUCUGGAGCUGAGGGCGACAGGGGAGCCACAGGACAGGCUCCUACAGAGAGUAAAAGAUGUCGCCAAGUACAGCAUCAAGACAAGUCACCCACGUUUUUUUAACCAGCAGUUUGCUGGAGUAGACUACCAUUCCUUGGCUGGACGAUUUCUCACCGAAGCUCUCAACACUAAUCUUUUCACCUAUGAGGUGGCCCCUGUGUUUGUCCUGAUGGAGGCUGAGGUUCUGAGAGGGCUGCGUCAGCUGGUGGGGUGGACAGAAGGUGAUGGUCUUUUCUGCCCUGGGGGGUCUACCUCUAACAUGUAUGCCAUGAACCUUGCACGUUACCGACUCUUCCCAGGGGUCAAAAGCCAGGGGCUGUGGGGUCUCCCACGGCUAACCAUUUUCACAUCUCCAGAGAGCCAUUACUCUGUGAAGAAGGGGGCUGCUUUUCUCGGUUUUGGGACUGACAAUGUCGUUUUGGUCAAAGUGGAUGAUGGAGGCCAUAUGAUUCCAGAUGACCUGGAAGAAAAGAUAAAGCUGGCAAAAUCUCAGGGUACUGUGCCAUUCUUCGUAAGCUGCACAUCGGGGACCACGGUUCAGGGUGCCUUUGACCCACUGGACCACAUAGCUGAUGUCUGUGAGAGACACAAUCUCUGGAUGCACGUGGAUGCUGCCUGGGGAGGGAGUGUGCUCUUCUCCAAACACCACAGACAUCUGAUGAAAGGGGUUGACAGAGCAAAUUCAGUAGCCUGGAAUCCACACAAGAUGCUGUUGGCUGGCCUGCAGUGUUCUGCCUUGCUGCUAAAGGAUACUACGAACUUGCUGAAGCAGUGCCACAGUGCCAACGCCACAUACCUCUUCCAGCAAGACAAAUUCUACGAUGUCAAUCUGGACAUUGGUGAUAAGUCUGUGCAGUGCAGCCGCAAGGUGGACUGUCUGAAGCUGUGGUUGAUGUGGAAAGCUGUUGGCUCCGAUGGCUUGGCAGAGCGUGUAGACAAAGCUUUUAUCCAUGUAAGGUAUCUGGUGGAGCAGAUGAAGAAAAGAAAAGGGUUCCAUCUUUUGCGUGAACCGGAGUUUGUGAAUCUAUGCUUCUGGUAUAUACCACCCAGUCUCAGGGGGAAGGAAGGAAAUGCAGAUUACCAGGACAGGCUGGCAAAAGUUGCUCCAGUCAUCAAGGAACGCAUGAUGAAACAAGGCACAAUGAUGGUCGGCUACCAACCUCUGGGAAACAGGGUCAACUUUUUCCGUGUCAUUGUGUUCUCUCCUCUCGUUUCCCAGAAAGACUUGGACUUCUUUCUUGAUGAAAUUGAAAGACUGGGAAAUGAUUUGUGACUGAAAUCACAACAUCAUCAGACCCCCUUGUGAACCCCUUGCCCAUCUAGAAUGUGAGACUGUGCCAACAGCCUGCCAUUGUAACAAAACUGCUGUACCAUUUAAUAGAAGUGAUUUGCUCA